AAGGACUCCCAUUUCCCCAACCCCCAAUUUCUACGCAUUGUUCAGUGUUGUCUCCUUUUUCACUCUCUUCGUGCUCUGAGCUAGACCUCCCUCCCUCCCUCCCUCCCACCCGCAUCCUCACUCUUUCUCUAAAAUUACGUCUUUUUCAUGGCUGCCUUUCCGUACUUCAUUUUGUAAGUCACAAAUCUAACGUCCUCUCUCUCAACUUCGCAUCACCGGAAAACAAAACACAAGAAAAAAGAAACCCUAGAAAUUUAAACUAUCGUUUCGUUCAUUCUGAGUUUUUCCCCAAUCUACUUCGUUUCAGUUCAUUUCAUUCUGUUUUGUUGUCUGUAAGCAUUUCACUCCAAGGCGAUUUACCAUCUAUUUUUAUCUGUCGCAGUGCGCUUGAUCUGAUACGGGUUUAAUACAUCAUAUGUUGGUUAACCCCCCCAUGCUUCACAUACCAGUGAUAGUAUGUAAAUAGUUUGGUUUCCCGGGUUUCUGGGUCUGCUUCCGUUUCUAUAGUGGGAUAGGAAAUUUUGAAGUGGGCAUGGUGGGUAAAGAGGAUGCCUCCAGUAAUUCUCGGGCUCCUUGUCAAGCUUCCAGCAACCAUAGGAUGUUUAUACGCUCAGCGUCAUGGUCCUCUUCCCGUGCCGCCUCUCAAAACCCAGAUGCUGAAGCAAAAGAUUGUGGGGAUCCAAAUGGUAAUGUAGGAAACAAUAAUGGGCAAAAUCGUCGGUUCCCUGUUCCAUUAACCCCUCGUUCCCAUCAGAAUUUCAAGGCUCGGUCGUGUUUGCCCCCGCUACAGCCAUUGGCUAUUGCUCGCCGGAGCUUGGAUGAGUGGCCGAAGGCAGGGUCAGACGAUAUUGGCGAGUGGCCUGGACCGCCUACACCGAGUGGGAGAGGAAGUGGGGAUAGAUUAAAGCUUGAUUUGUCAUCAAUUCAGCGAAACCCAGAUAGGAAUGGUGGGCUUGUGAAGAGGGAUAAGAUUGCUUUCUUUGAUAAGGAAUGUUCAAAAGUGGCUGAACACAUAUAUCUUGGUGGGGAUGCGGUUGCAAGAGAUAGAGAUAUACUAAAACAGAAUGGGAUUACGCAUGUUUUGAAUUGUGUAGGUUUUGUUUGUCCCGAGUAUUUCAAAGCCGAUCUUGUGUACAGAACUUUGUGGUUGCAGGACAGCCCGUCAGAGGAUAUUACUAGUAUUCUAUAUGAUGUUUUUGACUACUUUGAAGAUGUUAGAGAACAAGAUGGAAGGGUUUUUGUUCACUGUUGCCAAGGGGUGUCUAGGUCUACAUCCUUGGUGAUUGCAUACCUAAUGUGGAGAGAAGGGCAGAGUUUUGAUGAUGCCUUUCAGUAUGUCAAGGCGGCGAGGGGUAUUGCGGAUCCAAAUAUGGGUUUUGCUUGCCAGUUGUUGCAGUGCCAAAAGAGAGUGCAUGCAUUCCCUCUUAGCCCGAGUUCUUUAUUGAGAAUGUAUAGGAUGGCCCCACACUCACCAUAUGAUCCUUUGCAUCUUGUCCCAAAAAUGUUGAACGAUCCUUCUCCUUCUGCACUGGAUUCUAGGGGCGCAUUUAUUGUUCAUAUACCUUCUGCAGUAUAUAUUUGGAUUGGCAAGAACUGUGAAGCCAUAAUGGAAAAGGAUGCUAGAGGGGCUGUUUGUCAGAUUGUCCGGUAUGAGAGAGUGCAAGGUUCGGUAAGGAUGAUCAAGGAAGGAGAGGAACCGGCUCAUUUCUGGGAUGCUUUUAAGCACCUCUUACCUUUGAUGGAGAAACCCGGCAAUGGUGCAGAGGUUGGGCAAUCAACUGUCACGAUUUUCCCAGGUGACAGGAAAGUAGUCCCAUAUAAUGUCGAUUUUGAGAUUUUCCAGAAAGCUAUUAGGGGGGGCUUUGUGCCUCCAUUUGCGUCGUCUGAGAAUGAACAUGAAACCCAACUUCCUGCUAGAGAAAGCAGUUGGAGUGUACUAAGGCGUAAGUUUGCAUCUGGCGACAUGAAGGAGUUUGUGACAGCUCCCAAAUUGUACCUCUCCAGGGUCUACUCAGAUUCUAGGAUGAUAGGACAUUCAUCAACAAAAUUGUCAUCACCUUCGUCAUCAUUAUCGUCUUCAUCCUCGUCAUCAUCUUCUGCUUCUUCACCUUCGCAUCUCUCUCCAAAUUCCAUCUCUUCGGAUUUGAGCACUAAUUCGAAGCAUCUGUCAGAGUCCUCUCUGGAUUCUCCUUCUGCCGCUUCAUGUUCUCUUCUAGCAUCUUCAACGCUGUCUAACUUUUCCAACUUGUCUCUCUUGUCGUUCAAAACUUCUGAUGGCCCUGAAGUUGUCGGUGUCAAUUUUCUUUCACAGCCAUGUUCAAAAUCCACUUCUGCUCAAUCUAAAAUAUAUUCACCUUCCCUUGCUGAGCGCAGGGGUAGCUUAUCAAAAUCUCUGAAACUGCCAUUGAUGGCUGAUAAUUCGAAGGUGAUAUAUACUCCCUCAUGUUAUCUUGCUGAUCAAGAAGAUGGCGUCAGGAUAAACAAUACCUGCCCUCCAUGUGAACUGGAUAGGAUAGAAGAUGUUUUAGAGUCCAAGGAUAUAGCUCAAAGUGGGGAGGGAAAUUUAACUCAGUUCUGGAGAAAUAAUCCUCUGGCAAAUUUCCUGGGGUCUUCUGUCUCAAAUGGGAUAGAGGAAAGUGGUUCAGCACCUAGUAAGCUUAUGCAACCUUUAGUAUGUCGGUGGCCCAGUUUAGAGAAGAUUGCAACAUUUGGUGCAAGUGAUGUGAAUUCUAAAGAUGCUUUCGCUAUUUUCUCUCCAGGUUUAGGCAAAAAUGAGAAUAGAAUAUUAUAUUUUUGGGUAGGAAGGUCUUUUGAUUAUGAUGUAAGUCGGACUCGAUUGGAAAGUGACAGAGAGUUAGAUAAUUCAAAAGAGCUUGACUGGAAUCAAAUUGGUCGAGAUGCUCUUACCCAAAUGGGUCUUCCGAAAGACACCACUAUCAAGAUUGUUAAAGAAAAUGAAGAGCCGAUAGAGUUUCUUUCAUUUCUGAGUUCAUUGUAGUGGCGACAUGAAGAGUCUGGAAUCCAAUGCCUUGGAUCUUUGUCUGUUUCUUAGGUUGGCUUAACUCCUUGCAACUUUCUCAGGCAUCAAGAUGGACUUACCCUGGCAAAAUGACCAAUGAGGAGGAGGCCGCUUUUGAAGUUCUUUGUGGCUCGUUACCUGGUUGUACAGUGUUGUGACCCUCAUUUUUCAUGUACAUUAAACUAGUAGAAACAAUCUGAAGGCCUUAGCAGACAGUAUCUUUUUCUGGUUAAUCUCAUAUUAUGUUAUAGUCUGGUUAAAAUCACCACAUCCAGCGGGAUGGUCAUGCAAUGGUUGAACAAUAUCACUCCAACUCAAUACAUUCACAAUACAUUUCACUCGAA